AUGGCGCCGAUGCGGCGCUGGAUAAUAUUACUACUAUUUGCCGUGCUGCUCGUCUCACAAGUCAUAUCGCAAUCCGAACCGACCAAAGACAAAAAGCAGGGCAGAAAAGUGUCUGAGCUGGGACCAUCCUACAUGCGAAAACGAACCCAACUGCCAACGAUAUUCUUCCGACCGUAUCGACCGACACUCGCACUUCUACUAGUUUCGUGA